AUGAAAAACACAACUCUAAGUGCACUCUUACUCCUAUUGGCUGCCAUCGCUAUGCCCAUUACCGUUGGCAAACGCCGUUUAGCCGCGAGUGAUACGCAAAAUGAGCAACGCGCCUUACUGGGAGGCCGUCAGCAACCAAUAGUUUAUUCGCAAGCACCAUGUAUUUGUUCACCUGGACCACCUGGACCUGCUGGAUUACCCGGUCAACCAGGCUUACAGGGUAAUCGUGGCGAUAAGGGUGAUGAGGGCUUGGUGGGCCCAGUAGGACCACCCGGACCACCUGGCCAACGUGGACUGCCCGGUAGAGCAGGUAUUCCAGGACCAAUAGGCCCACCAGGACGACGUGGCAGACGUGGUUUCCCUGGUGAGCGUGGUCCGGCAGGACCAACUGGCCCAACAGGACCAACUGGGCCAACAGGACCGGCAGCCUCAUCUCGUUCCUUAGACUUACGUGCGGGAGAGGGACAUGUCAAUUUGCCGGACUAUGAUAUACAUGUGGGUGAGGGUGAUGAUGAUAUUGAUGAUGAUGUAGAUGAUGAAGAUGAGUAUUUUGAAGAGAGAAAAAGGAAGUAA